UAUAACAUUUUCCUAAGUGAAAAAAAUGGUAAUGUGAUACACAUAUUUACAUAUUUUUCAUCUACCUUAUUAGAAUAUAAUAUUACAUAAAUGUAUUAUCUUUAAGAAGUAAUAUUAUUCAGAGGUGUGAUGUAUACAAAUAAAUUGAAGAAUAUAGUAGUGCAAAAUAAUGAUAAAAUAGAAACAAGUUCUACUGAAACAAUAGAGAAGGUUGACACCUCUCCCGUUAAAGGAAUAUUAAAUUACGAGGAGAAACAGAAAUCAUCAGAUGCACUACUCGAAAUUUCAACAAUGCAAAAGAAAUUUGAAUCGCAAAUGGUAUCGAAAUCAUUAAAAUGUACAAAUAUUGCACAAACUGAAUUCUGUGCGCUACCAGAAUUGGAAAUUUGUAAUUACGACAAAAUAAAAGAGGAUGUAAGAGAAAAUACAUCAAACAUCGCUAACAUCAAAGAAUCUAUUUUCGAAUCUUUUUCUAUGAAUGAAAAAGAUAUUUCUAAUGCAAUUAAAGGAAUGUGAUUGAAUGAAAAUAUUGGAAAUAAUGGAAUUUCUUAUAUUGGUGCAAACUUCAAGAAGCAGGAUAUAAUAGACGAUAAGUGCGAUAAUAAUAUUCGCAAACAUAUUAAUAAAGAUGUGCCCUGUGUAUCUAAUGAAGUAUUUGGUGUGUCAUCGCAGAUAAUAUCUGAAAGGAUGUAAUAAUUUACAUAAAGUGGCAGAUACUCAUCAACCACUAUACCAUUGAUCUAUAAAAAUUGUGUUGGCAAUAUAGAAUUAUAUGUGUCAUAUAUGUAUUGUGCAUCAGUAUUAUGUAGUUUACAAAUUAAUAUACACAACUUUCCUUCAUUCGCAUGCCAAAUUGAGUAGCCCAUGUAAAAGGUUGUAUUGCUGCUAAAUUACAUUACUAUAUUGUCGCACAUUGCAAACAGUGUAUACGUCUGGCGACGGAUAUCCAUAUGUUUUGUACCAAAAUAAUUCCUAUUUUUUCCCAGUGCAUUCAUCAAUAGCAAAACUUUAUCAAUUAUUGUGUAAAAUGGAAAAAUUCCUUUACAAAAUAAAACAUUGGAGACACUUGAAGUACAGUAUGACUUGAAAAGAAUGUUGAAAGAAGAUACGAAAAAUAGGUUGCCCUUUUAAAAAUGACAUGCUACAGCUUACGGAAAAAUGCCAAUGAAAGUUGAAAAAAUAGACAGUUAUUCAGCUAUACCUAAGAUAGAUUGUAGCUGCUGUAAAAGCGUUAGACAGUACGCGAAAGAAGUCCGACGAAAUUGUUAAAUCCAAAUACGAACUAUCUCUUGUGAAAAGAAAAAACCGCAUGGUGAUUAUUACUGCAAUUUGCAUUUGAUAGAAAGAAAUUAUAAUAAAGACGUACACGUUGCCAGUUCGCAUCAGAAUCUCGCGAAAGAAAGACUAAAGCUCACUGUCCACAAAUCACUAUAUCCGUUUAUAGUUGCAACAUACGCUUCUCUGCUGACAGUGUUAACGUCAGUCGUCAUUACGAAAACGAUUCAUUUCCUUUUUUUGGACAAAUGUACGUUACUUUACAGUGACUGCUGCAUGGAGGAGUGUUGUUAACAUCAACACACGUAUGAAGCUACACUUUGUAGACAGUGGGUGUAAGAAUGCCAAUUUCGAUCGACAAAGUAUCAAACUGAUAAUAUCGUAUUAUCAAGAAUCUCCAAAGAACAGUUAAAACAUCCACGCGACGGAAAAAAAUUAAUCGUUUAAACUGACUUAACAGAGAACUGAUGGAGUAAGAAGGAACGUACAAAAGAGUAAAGAAGAAAUAAUCGCCUCUACGGGAAGAAAGAAGGAAGAAUGGAACGUUCCUAAAGUAAAUUAUUCUUACGCCGAUGCUGAUUCAGAAUGGAGUCCGUCCGGUGAGUCAAAACGCAAAUGGAGAAAGGUUAGUCGAUGAUCGAUAUUAUGGAAAUUCAUUAUUGUAAGAAAUUUUUCUGAUAUAUAAAUAAUCAACUGUACAUUACUCUAUAAGACUGUGGCAUCGUAAAAGGGUCCUUUCGUGAUCGUGUGUGUGUAUGUGCAUGCGUGCGUGCGUGCAUAUUGCCAAUAUUUCAGACUUCUCAACAUUAUUGUGCAUGUAAAGAGAUUCUUAGAUAAUCAAUAUACAUAUAGUAACCCUUUGAGGGGCCGCUUGACGAGCAAGCAUCGCUGUGAACGAGAGGUAUUGGCGCGCGCAGUUGAGAAAAUAUACAUGUUGAACGUUUGCGUUAUUCAUUGUAUUAUUUUCAUCAAUAUUUAGUUUAUCAUCACUGUCACUAUUACUAGAAAUAUUGAAACGUCUGAGCCGAUUCCUUGUUAAUUAAACGGAGUUCGUUUCCAUUGUCUGAAAGACUGUCGUCACCUUCUAUCUUGUCAGGUUGAAAAUAAUGUUCGUCAUUACUACUAUCACUAUCGAACAUGUUUUUUCUGGAACUUUUAGGCAUCCUGUAUAAGAUAUUAUAAAAAAUAUAUAAAUUAUAUAAAAAGCUUUCUGAUUCAUCUGGCAAUGCCAUGGAAAGAUUGAAAUUCGUUCUGACUCGACCUGCAUCGCGAGUUUACGUUAAACGGAAGAUAAGAUUUCUAAAGAUCUAUAAUUUCCUUUCAUCAGAAACAUAAUACUGUUUAGUUUACUGUACCCAUGCGUAAAUACGUAUGAUUAUCGUUCGGAAAAAUAGACGUACGCCAGCCACUUCAAAAUAACUGUACGGAACUGUGAACAGAUUCAGGCGGCUACAUACUGACACGCGUUCGCAAAGUACAAUAUACAUAUAAUAUCUGAGGAUCUCCUUACAUGCAUAAUAAUAUCGUGUUCAGAAGCCUGAAAUAUUGAUAAUAUAUAUAUAUUGAUCAUUUGAGGGUCCCUUAAACUUAUAAAUACUGUAUAAAUGAGAAGAUAAAUUAUUGUGGGGAGAUAUUUGCAUACUGGAAAAGUGUAUAGUACAACAAUCGAAGAUCAACAUUAGUAUAAUUUUUCGAAGAAUUCCAAAGCAACAAUAUGGAGAAUGUUUAGAUAUCAUAGAUCGUACCUGUAUUCUGUUAGACACAGGCAGUUUCAUAUUAAAAGAAUAAGAACUCUUUUAGUGUUCGUAAUUUCCUGUGUGUAAAAUUGAGCAGUAUUAUCCUCCAUUUUAUCUAAUUUCAAUGACUACUUAGCUUUGAUAUAGUUCUAAUAAUUUUCAUUCAAUUGAGGAUAUCUAUAAUCGUUUAAUGAAAAAUGUCCUCAUUUAUGAAAAAAUUACUUUUGUGUGUAAUUAUGUAAAUAUAAUAUUGUAAUGCAAAAUAAUUGUAAGCAAAGUUUUAUAACUCUUAUAUAGUAUGUGAAAUAAUUUACUUUAACGAAUAAUUCUAAAUGUAUUAUAUCAAGCAGCAUAAAGUAUACCAUAUUGUGGUAUAAGACAAUUUGAUAUUUUGAUGAGAAUUAAUU